AUGGCACCGCGCACAUACAACCCAUGCUCAUACCUGCCCCGGCGGUUGCAGAUAGUGACCAGCCUGGCUCUGUUCAUUCUUUUCUGCAUCGUCCUAUUUGGCCAGUCGACCGUCGAUGUUCCUUACCGCGAUGAAGUCAACGAAGGCGCGCGAAGAGUAUCCUCAUACUUGCCAAAGACCCCAAGUCUUCCUCAAGGUCUCAACAUAUUCAGAACGCCGGCACAUUCACCACCGCCCGAACAGGCAAACAGUACCAGCGGCGAGGCACGGUGGUUCUCAGACUGGAAAUGGAUGAACCCCUUCUCGUCAACAAUCACACUCGACGAGAACAGAGCUGUGCUUCCUCCUCUGGCCAAGAGACCGCCAGUAUACACAUAUUUCGAUGCCGAUUGGUACAAGGACGAGACAUCGCUCGAGUCUGUACACCACCUUCUCCUGAUCUGGAGACGCGCUUGGUGGGCUCAAGGCUUCAAGCCUGUUGUCCUGGGACGUCCUGAGGCUAUGAACAACCCGCUGUAUGCAAAGAUGAUCCCUCUGGAACUGGAAGAGGAGCUCAAGACAGAUGUAAUGCGCUGGCUCGCAUGGGGUAACAUGGGUACCGGCGUCAUGGCCAACUAUGUCGCAUUGCCUAUGGCGCCACAUGACGAUCCCCUGCUUACCUAUUUGCGUCGUGGUGAAUACCCCCAGCUCACGCGAUACGAGGGUCUGGAGAGUGGCUUGUUCGACGGCCCCAAAGAUCAGAUCAACAAGGCUAUCGAAGAGGUUCUCAAUGCUAAGAAGCCUAUCAAGGCCAAAGCAGUAAUCGAAAUGCUGUCCAAAGAUACCAUCCACGUCGACAGCAACCAGAAAGCUAUUGCCUUUUACUCGAGCAAGAACAUCAACAAAUACUACAAGGGCAUCGCCGAGAAGUUGGCGUCUAGCGACAAAGACGUCAGCCGUGAAGGCCUACGUCUGCUUCCUCAGCUCAUCAUCUCGCACCUGCACACGACCUGGCAGAACACAUUCACCGGCGGCAUUGCUGUUUUGAAGCCGCUACCAGACCACAUGUUUACCCUGGUCAAACCAGCCAUUGAGCUUGCUCGCAACCUGUCUCAAUGUACUGAGUCGCCACAGCCUUCAUCUUGCCCUCCAAAUCGCCAGAACUGCGUUCCUUGUGUGAGCAGUCAUCCGCUUCGCAUCAGUCAACCGCCAUUCUUCCGCAACACCUCUGAUCUCUUUACCAUUGGUACUGUACCUCAUCCUUACACCAUGGCAUCUCUACAACAUCAAACCGACUCUUUGACCAUCCGCUUCAUCCGCCGCACAACAAAACGCGACGAAUGGCUCUUGGCCGCAACAAAAGAGUUCUUGGGCACAGGCAUGAGCAGUUUCGCACGCAUCCCGCACCUCAAAGACGCCGUCGCCUCCGACUACGGAAGUUCUCGCUCCCUUUGGCUGACCCCUGAAAACCUAUCUGAAGAGAACAACGCCAUAUUGCGGCGCGAUCUUGCUUGGGCACUAGGAUUCCCUGUUCCAACACUUGAAUCCACCCUCGACAACGGCCACUCAGAAACACCAGUCCCCGGUCCUGAACGCCGUCCCCCGGCUCCCAAACCCGAAGGCAAAAUCCCUGACCCGGUGGAACUUGUGCGUGAAGGCACACUCCUCGACAAAGCAAAAUUAGUCCUUAAAGGCAAGGGGCCUCGGGACAGUAUCCCCAUUCGUGAUGCAGUGGAGGCUUGGAACCUUGCAGACACUGAAGUGUGGAGAUUUGUACGUGCGUGGAAUGCGAGAAGAAGUGUCGAGCGCAGAAAGUGGGAAGAUGAGGAAAAGGCUUACGCGGGAACGGAAGGCAGUAAAGGUAGUUGGAGUCGUUGGUUUGACAGAGAUUGA